UAUAAAUAUAUAUAUUUUUUGUUAAUUGACAGAGAAAGGGAAAGCCUGGUAAAAGAGAAUCCCUCAGUCUUAUAAAUACAGAUCUCUAAGAAAUUCUCCCUCAUUCUUUCGAACUUUGCAAUCUGUUUCCUCCUUACCAAACAACCCCAAACCCUCGAAUUUUUCUUAGGUUUUUCGGAUUAUCCUCUUCUUCCUAGCUCCUUUUCGCUAUGGAUUCUGAGGACGAUAUGAUGGACGCCAACGAUGUUGAUUCUGUGGACGAUGAUUUCUACAGCGGCGACAUGGAGGAGGAUUGUUACAGUGACGGCGAUGGCAAUGGUGGUGAGGAUUAUGAUGAUGAUGGCCCUGACUAUGAUUUCAUGGCCGAGGCCCCUGAUGAUCUUGAUGAUGCUGUGUUGAGCAGGACGCAGCAAAGUUAUACCGUCCUGAAGGAAGAAGAUAUACGACGAUGCCAAGAAGAUGAUAUUACUAGAGUGUCCACUGUCCUUUCAAUAUCUAGAUUUGAUGCAAGCAUCUUACUCCGUCACUAUAAUUGGAGCAUUAGUAAGGUGCAUGAUGAAUGGUUCGCUGAUGAAGAGGCAGUCCGGAAAUCUGUUGGCUUGCUGGACACACCAGUUGUUCAAUUUUCCAAUGCUAGAGAACAGCUUACUUGUGGGAUUUGUUUUGAACCCUUUCCUCACGAUAAGAUUUCCUCAGCUGCUUGUGGGCAUCCCUUUUGUAGGUCAUGCUGGUCAGGUUACAUUAGUACAACCAUAAAUGAUGGUCCUGGAUGUUUGAUGCUGAGAUGCCCUGAUCCAUCUUGUCGGGCUGCUAUCGGUCAGGACAUGAUAAAUUUGUUGGCAUCUGAUGAAGUUAAGGAUAAAUACUCUCGUUAUCUUCUUAGAUCCUACAUUGAAGACAACAGAAAGACAAAGUGGUGUCCUGCUCCAGGGUGCGAGUAUGCUGUUGAUUUUGGUGGUGGUGGUGGAAGCUUUGAUGUUUCCUGCCUCUGUUCGUACAGCUUUUGCUGGAAUUGCACAGAGGAAGCUCACCGUCCUGUGGACUGUGGAACUGUGGCGAAGUGGAUUUUGAAGAAUAGUGCAGAGUCUGAAAACAUGAAUUGGAUACUUGCCAACUCCAAGCCUUGCCCAAAGUGCAAGCGUCCGAUUGAAAAAAACCAAGGGUGUAUGCACAUGACAUGCACGCCACCCUGUAAAUUUGAGUUUUGCUGGCUAUGCCUUGGUGCAUGGUCAGAUCAUGGUGAGAGGACUGGUGGUUUCUAUGCUUGUAAUCGAUACGAGGCAGCUAAACAAGAGGGAGCGUAUGAUGAAGCAGAGAGGAGGCGAGAAAUGGCAAAAAAUUCUUUGGAGAGAUACACUCAUUAUUAUGAACGAUGGGCAAGCAAUCAAUUGUCAAGGCAGAAAGCUCUUGCAGAUUUACAUCAAAUGCAAACUGUGCAUCUUGAGAAACUUAGUGACAUACAUUGCACCCCUGAAUCUCAGCUCAAGUUCAUUACAGAUGCAUGGCUUCAGGUAGUUGAAUGCAGGCGAGUUCUAAAAUGGACCUAUGCAUAUGGAUAUUAUCUACCUGAGCAUGAACUUGCUAAGAGACAGUUUUUUGAGUACUUGCAAGGUGAGGCUGAGUCUGGCUUGGAAAGGCUUCAUCAAUGCGCAGAGAAGGAACUACAACAGUUCCUCAAUGCGGAAGGUCCCUCAAAGGAAUUUGAUGAGUUUCGAACAAAGUUGGCUGGGCUCACCAGUGUUACAAAAAAUUACUUCGAGAAUUUGGUUAGAGCAUUGGAGAAUGGUCUAGCAGAUGUGGAUUCUCAUGGUGCUUGUAGCAAAACAACUAGCUCCAAAAAUACAGUUGGUGUUGGCAAGGGGAGAGGUGGAAGAGGAAAAGGAAGCACUAAAUCUGGUGAUUCCAUCAGAAUUAUGGAUGAUUAAUAUAACUAUUCCAGGUCCAAGUUAGCCAGCAAUGUGCCAGGUAUGCUGCCACAACGGUUAGAACUUGUAAAUCCUUUGGUUGGUGGGAGCUACUUGGUACACAUGCUUCUCCAAGAUUCUGGAGGACUUAAUUGUGUUUAUUGUCUGGUGGCUCAUCUUUUUGUGAUGCUGCUCAAUGUGUGAAUGGUAAUUAAAAGUCAAAGAAGGAUUGGGAAAAAAAAAGGCUGUCUCUUUCUAAAGCAUUGUGUUUAGAGGGAAGCACCAGUCGUGGUGUAAUGUAUAUAUUUCUAUCUAUCAAGGUAUUGAGGUUCUGCAACUUGCUUUUUGUUACUUAUAAUAAUCCUAAUUCUGUCUGUGAAUGCUAAUAUACUCAUUUGUGAAAAGAAAACUGUGGCUUCAUUGGACUGCUUAA